AUGUCCAGCUUACUGCAAGAAGUUGGAACACCUUGUCCCCGACGGUCGAGAGGCUCCAGAGCCAGCGAAGAAAGCGGCAACGGAAGUGAUUCAUUCGACAGCCUGUGGGACGAUGGCGCCGGAGAUUACGACGACACGAGGAGCCUCGAGUUCACAACCGAAAUCCGACCUCCAAUUCUGACUGGAGCCAAACCGAAACGACGCGCAAAGACCAAUACAUCUUUCACCAUACACAGCGACCAGGAUGAGAAACCUGCACAAACAGCGGAUAGACCGAAGAACCUCAAACCGGCUAUCAGUACCACGACUCGCAAAUCGUCCCUGCUUGCACAGCCAGCGCAAAGAUUCCGUCCUAGAGUCAGCUUUGCUCCUAGCCCACUCAAACAUUCACAGCAGAGGGAUGAGGUUGAGCCUAAAAAGCGAAGCACGGGGCCGAACGCCCAGAGGAACAAUGACCUCCUCAAGCGGAUCAGUGGAAACACAGACGAGGCCAUUGUUAAAGAUGCGUUAAAGAAGGACGUACGACGAAACACCGUCUACAUACCCCCGGAGGACACAACGGUGGCUAGCGUGUUCAUGGGACUCUUUAGCCCGCUAAAGUCCAACAAACUCGAAGAUUAUACAUCAGAGAAUACCCAGGUCGGCAGCCUUGAAUCUCAGAUCGCGAGGAAAAACCAAGCGAAACGGCUCGCUGCGUCGUCUCCCGGUCGUGCUGCCCUGCAACCAAGCUCGAAGAUCGCUCAAGAGACGGCGGUCAGGUCUGACAUACCCGGGCGAAAUGGAGGCAAGGAGAAUUUACCCCCCGGAAUGGCUGUGAUUGAGGUCAACGGAAAGAAGCUCUCGCCGACUACACAGAGCAAGGACGUAGGCAACAAAUUGGGUCAAUCAAAGCCGGCAAGAGAUGGGCCGGGCACACCCCCCCGUGCAAAUGGCUCUACCAAGCCUCUUGCGACGAGAACGGUCAAUAAACCUGUGAAGAGGGUUGCUAGCCACGUCUCCCGCAAGAAAGGAGUUUCGGAUAUCACUGAAAAGACGCGAUCACUGGAUAUUGGAACCAAGAGCCCAGCUACAAGGGGAUCUACCUUGUCAAACUCCUUGAAAUAUUCAAGAUCGGUAAUGAGCUCAACCGAACGCAAUAGCUUGAAGCGUCUCAACCACCAGUACCCACUGGCUUCAGGAGCUAUUACGAACCCGGCAAUGUACGAUGACAAUUGGCUUUCACACCAGGAGGUGAUAUUGACCCAGUUGAUUAAUGGGCUUUUUGGGAACACAGACAGCUGUAAUCCGGAUGAGCCCGCCAUACUCCGACACGAGUUCCUCCUGCUUUACCAGGGGGCUUAUUUCACCAAUCUAUACAAAAGACUCCAGGCGUCACUGAUGUACGGUGCCUUAUCAAUACCCCAGAAUAUUGUCCUCAAAAAUAGUCGACUUCGGCAGGACUUGGGAAUGAAGCGCAGGUUUAUCGAUAUUUGGCUUCAGACUUACGAGCCGAAUGCUCUUAGGGCUGCACUAGAGACAGUCACCGGGAGGGUAAUUCCAGCCACCACGAUAAGUUCAAGCAAUUUUAACAUAUCAACGGAUGGAGUUUCCUCACAGAAAGAGAGAGCUUCGACGAGGCGACUUGAAAAAUUCUUGGACGCAUUCCUUGUGCAGAAUCAGGAUAUGGAUCGGAAUAGCAACGAGUUCAGUACGGACGACCGCGAGACUUUGGCUGCUGCGUAUCGUCGAACUGUUCACCGCAGCAUUAUGCUCGUCAUUCUUUUGGACAAGGCUAGGGAAUGCUCGGAGACCUCAUUUUCUCGCUGUCUGUUCCUCUCCUCAUCGCCAUACAAGUCUUCUCUUGCGGUGCUCCAGGCAUUGACUCGAUUUUUACUACCAUCUUGCGGAGAUGUUGGCAAAGCCGUUGCACAAAUUGACUGCCAAUUAACCUACGAGCAGCGCCCACUCGGAGAGUAUGAGUAUAAGAUAUCUAAUCUUGCUGUUGACCUGAGGGAUGGUGUGCGACUGACCAGGGUCGUGGAGUUGCUUCUCUAUCCAACAUCCUCGGAUGACUGCCAGUGGCCACUUUCCCGACGACUCAAGUUCCCCUGUCUGGGCCGUGCAGUGAAGGUGUUCAACGUGAAAACUGCUUUGGAUGCGUUGGCCUCCACGGAUGAGGGUAGACAGCUUGUCAGCAACAUCCGUGCUGCAGAAAUCGUCGAUGGGCAUCGUGAAAAGACGAUUGCACUGUUAUGGGGCCUUGUUAGCAAUUGGGGUCUAUCCGGUUUGGUUGACUUGAGUGAUUUGAAUGAGGAAAUUAGCCAGCUGAGGAAGAGAGCUGUACUACCAAACGAACCUGGAAGUCCAGAGGCAACACUCGAACAUGCUGGACCCGAUGAGCCCACUGUGCUUCUCAAGCAAUGGGCCUCGCUUGUGACCCAGCUGAGAGGUCUAGAUCCCGAAAACCUCAAUGCGAACCUAGCCGACGGCACAGUCUACGAGUGUAUCUUGGAUGAAUACGAAAGGUACAUCCUGGCCUCCAGCCAGGACUCCGCGUCAACAGAAAGGAAGACUACCGUAGAAGAUCGUCUACGGAUGCUAGGGUGCAGUACACAAUUCAUCAACAUUGUCUCUCCGAGUUCCAAACCUAGCAUUCUAAACUCCAAUUCCACAACCGGAGCCCUCGCCUUCCUUUGCUCCAGACUCCUCCCAGUUGCUAAACGUGUCCGCGCAACGCUGGUGCUCCAAAACGCAUGGCGACGCGUCCUCGACCACCGAGAGAUUCAGAAACGGAUAAUGGCAAGGGACGUUGCGCGGCAAUGCGCAGCAGUCGUGCAGACUCGGAAUCAGAUCAUCUGGGCAAAGGGUGUCAUAGUGCAUUGGUGGAGACUCAACAAGACCAGACGGAGAAAGAGAGCAAGAGCGACUGCUACAACAAUUCCCAUGACAAAGAUGAUGACGAAAGCGAGGAUACAUGGCAGGAAAUCUACCAAGAUUCCCCUGCGUUGCGGGAAUUAA